AUGAGCGACAUCAUUGAUCUGCCGGACCAAACCAAAUCCGCGAGAAAUCACUUCCAAGUCCUAUCUCCAACGAAUGAAGCCGUAUAUGAAUUCUCUUGGAAAACCUACACGAAUCCGAUUCGCGGCAACGAUUGGCAAACCAUCGACGUUGUCUUCGAUAUUAUCCCAACAGAUGCCUCCAACAACACACGGCUGAGCCAUGCGUGGGACGAUGACUGGCGCUUCUCCAUCUCAACAUCUAAGCUUGCGACCGAUUUUCUCUCUGAAUGUCUACGCGCAUCCCUAAAAAGCGGCCUCGGAUGCGGCCCCCGCGUCGUCAAGCUCAUCGUGCCGCUCGUUGAGGGGCAAAUCGUUCGAUCCGAUAUCAUCCCGCUCCGCUUUAUUGACUGCGAGUUCGUAGACGCCCGGUUAUCCCUAUCAGAGCCACUGAGAUUCUUUUCGGGUCUGCCUGUCCAAGUCUUUCAACUGGACGACCUUGCAGAACUACUCGGAGUGUCUGCGGGUGGUCUCAUUCUUCAGGCACUGCCGCCCGGGAUUGGGUCACUCGAAGCCCGCUCGUUCUCACAGUUCGUCGAAGCUGAGACGGAGAACCGCUUGUCCUUCCCGUGGAUAACGACGCCGACAGCUCCUAAGACCCUGGUCAUCGUUGAGGGCAGUCGCCAGCACCCCAGCGAUGGAGGCACGGGACACAACAUCUAUCUCGCCGCCAUGGCUCUGGGAAUCAAAAUGGUCGUUCUCGAUGUCCCAGGCCACUGGUUAGAGGGUCUUGAGUAUGAACACUGGCGAGAGGCUUUCAUUCCCAUCGUGAUGUCCCAGCCUCCGGACGAGGGAUUCGCAGACCGAAUUGCACAGGCAGUCGCCACUUACCAAGGGAAAGUCGACGGUAUCAUCACCUUUUGUGACUCAUUCCAACAUCAGGUAGCCCUGGCGGCGCAAAAGCUUGGUCUCCCAAGCUCCAAGCCCGAAGCCCUCAGGACCGCCACCAACAAGUAUGCAACCAGCGUCUUCGAGGGCCGAAAGUCGCAUCUUGUCUCGAGCACACAGGAGGUCCUCCAGCCCUGCAACGGCUGGAGCUCCGAGGGCGUAUUCCUUAUCAACAACAACACCGAGCUCAUCGAGGCCAUGGGCCCCCUCGACGCCCUCUCCAAGUCCAGGCACGGCAGCGAAUUCGUGAUUGAGAGGUACUGUGCCGGCCCGGAGGUGGACGCCAACUUUGUUCUCCUGGACGGCGAGAUCCUCUUCUUCGAGGUUUGCGAUGACUUCCCCAAAAGCGCGGACACAUCCGGCUUCAGCUUCGGCGGCGCAAAAACCUUCAUCGAGCUCGACAGCGUGUUCCCCUCCAAGCUCCCCGAAUCGGAGAUCAACCUGCUCCGGAUCUGCUUCCACAAUACGCUGCUGAGGCUGGGACUCCGCAACGGCGUCAUGCAUCUCGAGGGACGAGUGGACAACUCGACGGUCGAGUACCGCACUGAGGGCGGCGUUCUCGAUCUUCGACCGAGGGCCGCCGAAACCCAGAGCCGGGGCGCGAUCAAGAGCCCCGAGGCGUGGCUCAUCGAGAUCAACCCGCGCCCGCCGGGCAUGAAGGGCACACAGGUCAUCGAGUCCACGCACGGCGUCGAUUACUGGGGUCUGGGAAUGCUGAUCGCGCUGCGAGACGAGGAGCGCACAAAGGCGCUCUGUCACGCUUACAGGAAUGGCCCCCAGUACACGUGCGUGAUGGUCUUCAUCCCCGCGGAUUACGACUUUUCCUCGGCGGAGGGCAUUUUCGACUCAGGGGAUAUCUGCGACGAUCUGUUCAAUCGUCGGCCUGAUCUGGCCAAGAACGUGAGUCGGUACGGAUGCUUGGUGAAGAAGGGUCAAAAGGUCGCCCACCCGAGCCAAGGCGUGAACAGCUUCCUGGCAUACUUCAAUGUGUUCUCAAGAAAGGGAAGGGAGGAUGCGCUGCGGCUUGCCAAGAUCGUCAGGGAAGAAGUUCGGUUCUCGUUUAGAUAA